AGUUGCAGGGACCAGGAUACACUGUGGGUUCCGCCUCACUGAAGCAGCGCUAUUCAUCCUUGCCUCACUCAUCCAGCGCACCGUCGUGUCAAACGUUCGCAGGCCACAUCUCUCAUAUGCCGUCCAAGCUUAAGUACGCCAAGGAGGAUCCGCUGCGCGAUUUAAAACAACUCCUUCAAGAGCUGCGAAGUACCAUCGAUGAAAUACCUUCUGCCAUUCUCCCCACAGCAGAAAGUGACAGCGACCCUGACUUGAGCACUACGCUGGAGUCUGCGGUCAGAGACUUACCUUCAGAGGUGACCAGGGGGCAAGAAGCAUACAGCAGGGAAGCCUUAACCUUACAUACUGCGGAUCUUGAAGGUCAAGAAUCGGCUUUCCCUUUUACAUCCAGUGUGUCCCAACUCUCCGCUCGCUAUACCUCCUCUAAGAAACCCUCUUUUGAGGACCGAUACAAAGAUAGGUCUCCUGUGCACUCCUUGCUAACGGCUCCUUUGGAUGACCUUAAGGCGGCUCCUGCCCCUUGCUUCGAACGACGGUCCAGUCUGAAGAAGAACAGCUCCCCCCCAGAAGUCACAACUACAACCACCAGUCGAAGUGUUUCUUUCAGCACCUCUGCUUCGAUUCAAACGGGGGAAUCCAGCGAAAACGCUUGCAGGAAAUUACAGAAUAAGAUGGAGAAUCUACAAAACCUCGUGGAAAGCAUGCAGUUGAAAAA